GAACGACGUUACGCCCAACCAGCGUGUCACAUCCAAAUCGCAUUGCUCGCACUGAUACACGAGUCGGCUCUCCGUUUCCACGAACAUAGUUGAAAGUUCUAUCAAUGAAAACGUCUGGCCGAGAAGGAAGUUCGUUAAAAUGGGAGUACGGCAUUCUAGUGUUUAAAUGCAAACAUAACGAUGCGUGGAUGUAGCAGCCGGAACAGUACGUGCGAAGGGUUCGUGGCAAAGUGAAGGUGAUUGGUCUCACACGAGAGAAGAUUCGAAGGAAAGGGAAGGAAAACUAAGGAGUCGCACUUUGAAGGAAUAAUUUGGAGGUAUGAGCGAGAGAUCUUAGUGAAACGGGGUAUAUAAACAGAAAAAAUCGGAAAAGGGAGAGAUCGAUGUUGCAAGGAAGCCGGUCUCGAGCGAAUCAGGGCCGGUGGUGUUCGAAUUCAUAGUUGGUUGUAUGCCCGUGACAGCGAGAAAUACUAUAAUCGUUAAGGCGUUCGCACCCGUGAAUACGAUUCGGAAAGAGGUUGAGAACGAAUCGAGGAAAAAAGUAUAAAAGAAAGAAAAAGAGGAGGAAGAAGAAGAAGUCGAGAAGGGAAAGAAGAGAGAGAGAGAAAAAAAAACAGAAAGUGCCGGAGGAUCGCGAAUUCGCGUCUCCGGCUGUGUGGCAAAAGAUCGGGCAAUCUUAACGCUGGGCGAGACGGAGAGCAGAGGAUCUUGGUCGUCAUCGGGGAGAAUAAUCACGAGGAUCCCACGAAAUGAGAGCCUAGCGUUCGAGGUGGGUCGUUGGUCAGCGGGCGUGCAAGAAGGGACGGUUCGGCGGCGGAAGCCUGGAUAGUAGGAGGUUUCCAACAUGGCCGCUGCCUGCUAUGAGAAGGAAGUGGUGGUAGGUGCCGCUAUGCAUGGACACGGUCAUCACCAUCACCACCACCAUCAUCAUCACCAUCACCAUCACCAUCAUGGGAUCGCCGGCGGGUCUACCGGCAGCGGCGGCGGCGGCGUCGCGGCUGCCACGACUCCCGUGACGGGCCCGACCGGACAGCAAACCGUCCUACCGGCCGCAUCGACCGGCAUCCUCGACACCACCACCGCUGCCGCCGCUGCUGCUGCUGCCGCCGCCGCUACUACUACCGUCGGCUCCAGUACCACCGGAAAUUCGAAUGCAACCGCCACCGCCACCGCCGCAGCUGUUGCGGCCGCGACGGCCGCGGCGGCAGCCGCCGCGGUCGCAGUCACUACCUACAAGGACUACAAGGAUUAUUCGCAGCCUCUCCAUGUCGAUUGUAGCGUCGAGUACGAGCUACCGAGCCAGGCAAAACCACCGCCUGGCGGCGGUGAACCCCUUCUCAUGAUACAUCCGUGCUACUAUCGACGCGCCGAACGCGAGAGAAGAAGUCCUUUCGUCAAUAAUCUACCACCGCCGGCAAACGCGCCGAUGUCAUCCUCCAGGCGAAGCAGCAGGCGAAACGCGUCGACCAAUGUAGCGACUGCCACCGUCGCCCCGGCCUCAGUCUCCGCCGCUGUUUCCUCCACUGCGUCCGUCGUCGCACCGUCCUCCACGGUUGCCGCCGUUUCUACCUCGACCGUGUCAUCUUCGAGUUCCGCUGCCGUUGCCGCCGCCGCCGCCGCUGUCGCCGCAGCAGCGGCCCCUGUCUUAUCGGCAACCGCAGCCGUCGUCGGAAAUACCGAUUCCGGAUCGAAUCUCGUUUCCGCAACCGGUCAGAUGUCCGCCGCGGCUAUGGCGGCUUCCUAUCGCGCGGCUCUCAAUGCUGCUGCCACUCUUUCCCAACAACAACAACAGCAGCAGCAGCAGCAGCAGCAGCAGCAACAACAACAACAACAACAGAGGCGUCAUCAUCCGCAACAGCAGCAACCACCUCAUCCAUCUUCGUCGCAGCAGCAGCAGCAACAACAAACUCAUCAUCAUCAUCAUCGACCUCACGCUCAUUCACAUCACGGUCAACAGCAACCGCAGCAGCAACAGCAGUCCAGUUCGGUUACGUCGACCUCCGCCGGAACCGAGCUGAUCUCUGCUGAUGAAAAGGCAGUCAUAUCAGGUAUUUAUCAACAUUACUUCCGCGCGAUGCGCGCUCACAAUCAUCAGCAUCGGCAGCAGCAGCAACAGCAACCGCAGCAACCGCCGCAAGCCACGCAGCAACAUCGAACGGCUCAUCAACUUCAUCAUCAACCUCACCAAAGCGACCGAAGUUCCUCCUCGUCAGUGACGCCGACGGCCACGUCGAUCUCUGGCAUUCUACGACAGACCUAUCAACAGACAUAUAACGCGACCAACAGUUCGAACUCGUCGACUCAUCUGCGAGCAACGACAGCCUCGGCGGUCGGACAUCAUCCGUACAGGCGGCCGUCGGCGACGUUACUAUCACGUGCAGCCUCGUCGCACGUUGGUCAGCAAGCUUCUUCCUCAUCUUCCUCGUCCUCUUCUUCCUCCUUGACGUCGAUCGGUGCUUCCAGCGGCGUUUCCAGCGUGUACGCGAGCACGAUACACAGGCAUCAUGCGACCUCGCUGCACGCCCUUCAGGCGGCUGGUUUCUACGAAACGCCCGGUUAUCAUGCGCUUUUACCGCAGAGUUAGGUGUCUACCGGCAUCGGUAACAGAAGCAGUAACAGCAACAGCGCGACCGACCCCAUUGCCGCCGCUACCGUUCAUUUAUUCACCUAAUCCGGCUGCAAAGCUGUGUGCUCUCUCUUCCCUAUUGUACGACUUAUCUUCCAUACUCGUUAAAGAGCAUACGGGUUGGUCUAAACUCUGCCUGGUACACUCGGGAUACAUCUAUCUCUGCGACGUACACGCUACUUCUAUCCUACGUGUAUAUUCCAUCGUACAUACGUGCAUCUAUGUGCAUACGUACGUUUCGUGUGUAUGUAUAUAUGUACGUACAUAUAUGCAUGUAUCGUCGUCGACGCAACGAUCGUACGUGCCGUGCUCGCCGUUGUGUUGGCAGCAGUGUGCGGGUGGCCGGACGGACGGACGGACGGACGGACGAGCGAGCAGAAAGCCACAGAAUAAACACAAGACGUAUACACACCACCACCAUCACCAUCACUACUAUCAUCAUCACACAUAGAGAGAGAGAGAGAGAGGAGAGAUAUACAUUCGAGCCAGGGACAGACGAAGGGAACUAACUAUACGAGGCAACUGAAAUGGUCGCAUCCGUGUAUGUAUAUACGCAUCGACCGAUUUCAUCCACCUGCGAUACCUGCACUGCGUUCAGGUAUAAAGAUCAAUUUGCUUAGGCUCUCUGUAUUAACGACUUAUUUUUAACCGGCACACACUUUCAGCCGUAGAGAGACAGCCGAGAGAGUUUCCUCCGCGUAAAUUCCUGAAACUUGGAUGCCUUUCUUCGCCGGCCAAACAUUCGUGUACCACGCGGUUGUCUUUCGUUAUAUACAACCGCCGUGGUGGCGACGGCAGUCUCGUCCUUUUUCCCUUCUUCAAGAUCGUCAGCCGCGAAUACAUACGUAAUAGUACUUUCUUUAGGACUCUAUAAGAAUCAUAGUUGGAAUACUUUCUCAUCCUGGAUCGAAGCUUUGAUUCAUCCGUCUUCUUCGUUUGUACGUACACGUAUACGUGUACAGCCAGGCCGGAUCGACAAUCAUCACACUCGCAAGUGCCAAAGUCCGAACGCAAGCUUGUCGAACGUUGUCCGACAGAGUGGCAAGCGCGACAUUGCCAAAUCGAAUACAUACAUACACACAUGUACAUAGUAGUAGUUUCUCUUGUAUCUGCUUCUCUCGUCCCGCGAUGGCCAAACGUCGCAGGAAAUCGUCGGAGCGGCGGUGAUCGUUGCGAUCGUACAAGUUUGUCCAGCUCUGACGGAACGUUCCUCUCUCGCGCGCGCCCUUUCACCACCGCGGCUUUCCACCCGUCCUCUUCUAGCCCCUUUUGUCGUUCGUUCGUUCGUUCGCUCCGCGGGCCUCUCUUUGUUUCUCUCCGUCUCUGUCGGGGAGCAUCUCUGGAAACUCGAGGUCCGAGAAAAAGAGAGAGAACGAGAGAGAGAGAGAGAGAGAGAGGUCGGAGCAGGAUUUCUUCUUUUUUAUCCUGCGCCCUUUUCAAAGAGCGCGCUCAAGGAGAAACGGACGGGGACCGUAUUUCGUUACACGGUAACGAUCGAUCAACGUGACCGCACGACCGCACCGGCGGUACGGGCGAGCCGUGGCGAAGCGAGACGAAGCGAGGCGAGGCGAGGCGAAACGAGACGGCGGGUUGGAACAGGAUGGGACGGGACGGGAUGGAACGGAACGGAACGGAACGGAACGGAACGGAUCUGGGCGGUUACGGGUCGAGAAGGGAGCGAGGGACGUGACCAGACCAGACGAGAAGGGGGCGCGGUCAAGAUGGGGAUCGGCAGAGACGAAACCGAGAGACGACGGCCCGCACGCACCGGAGGGAGCAGGAUACGUCGACUCGUAUUCCGAAAACACUGACGACCCAUGUGCACGGGAUGAUGAACGUUAGACUAACAGUCGCUAAUGCGAACCUGCACCGCACACCGCCCGAGCUCCUAUAAUUUCCACCCGUCGCGCCUCGCGAACCGCCCGUGGAAAAACGAGAGAGAGAGAGAGAGAGAGACAGCUUCGGGGAACUGUGGCGUCUGCUUUCCGAACACGCCAAAAUAAACGAAGAAAA